GUUUGUCUAUAAAACGUCGGAUUUUUAUAAAGAAAAAUAUUAAAACGAAACAAUUUUAUCAGUGAAAUGGAUUUGAAACUACAGUUUUUGUUUUUAUUUUAUUUCGAUAGGGCGCUAUCGAAAAAUCAACUUUAUACUUUCGAAGACGACUUUAGUUUCGGUGUUGCCACGUCAGCUUAUCAAACAGAAGGCGCUUGGAACGAGGAUGGCAAAGGAAUGAGUUUCUGGGAUUAUUUAACCCAUAAUACGGACAUAAUAGUCGAUAAUUCGACCGGAGACGUGGCUUGCAAUUCGUAUCGUAUGGUGGAAACGGAUAUCGCUUUAUUGAAAACGUUGGGGGUCCGGCAUUACAGAUUUUCGAUAGCUUGGACCAGGAUAUUCCCCGACGGCUUCCCGAAUCAAAUAAAUUGGGACGGGGUGAGGUUCUACGACGAUUUAAUCACGAAAUUAGUCGAAAAUCACAUCGAACCGUGGGUUACGAUUUCGCAUUUCGAUCAUCCGUAUCCGGUGGAACUGCUCGGGGGCUGGUACCAAGAAACUAUAGCGGAUUAUUUGGCGGAUUACGCGGAUUUUUUGUUCAAAACGUACGGGAAUCGCGUCAAAACUUGGAUAACCGUCAACGAACCUUAUUCGAUUUGCGUGAAUGGUUUGCCGCUCAAAGGAAACUCGAUACCGAGCGGCGUGGCUGAGUAUAUAUGCGGAUACAACGUCAUCAAAGCGCACGCCGCCGUUUGGAAACGGUAUCAGAAAUACAAACCCCAACAAAACGGGAAGUUGAGUAUGGCUUUUAGUUUGCAAGCGUAUUUGCCGGCCAGUGAUUCUGUUGAGGAUCGGGAGGCGGCCGAAAGGGCUAAUCAAUUUUCAUUCGGGUGGUUCGUUCAUCCAUUAGUUUACGGCAACUACCCCGAAGUUAUGAUCGAUAUCAUCCAACGUUACAGCCUAGCGCAGGGUUUUACGACAUCCCGAUUACCCCGAUUCGACAUCGAAGAUUUGAUUUCCAUAACCGGAACUUACGAUUAUAUUGGAUUGAAUAAUUACGAUACUUACUUGGUAUCGGCCAAUAACGACACUAUAGACGCCCAACCGAGUUAUUUCAAUGAUAUGGGAGUGAAAAUAUUGAAUAAUUCCGAUUGGAACACGACUUACUCCAUACAGAUGAGGGCCAAAGGCUUGGGAAUCAUAUUAAAAUGGAUAAAAGAGAAUUAUAAUGGCCCGGAAAUAAAAAUUACGGAACAGGGUACACCGGAUACGACCGGUACCGUUUUGGAUUACGAUAGACACAAUUAUUUGGUGGAAAAUCUUCAACAACUAUGGAAAAGUAUCACCGAAGACGGAGUAAAUGUUACAGGUUAUACAGUGUGGAGUUUUCUGGAUAAUUUCGAAUGGAAUAAAGGAUAUACUGUAAAAUAUGGUUUGAACGCAGUUAAUUUCGAUGAUCCCCUCAGAAUUAGGGUACCAAAACUUUCUUCCCUCACGUACAGGAAUGUUUUGAAACGUAAAAACCUACAAGGGGUCCACAAAAUAUAUUAACAUAUAAUAUAAAAU